UAGUAUAAAUAUCAAGUGCCCACGGCUAACGGAUUCACUCUGAGCGCCGUCACACCCACAGCUUGUGCGGGAUAUCAUUUGCCUGAAACCGGUUCCCUUUAAGCGAAAAGCCCCCCCACCCAAAGUUAAGCCAUGGACGAAGAAAUCGCCGCACUGGUUGUUGACAACGGAUCCGGUAUGUGCAAAGCCGGAUUUGCUGGAGACGACGCCCCUCGUGCUGUCUUCCCCUCCAUCGUUGGUCGCCCCAGGCAUCAGGGUGUGAUGGUGGGUAUGGGCCAGAAAGACAGCUACGUAGGUGAUGAAGCCCAGAGCAAGAGGGGUAUCCUGACCCUGAAGUACCCCAUCGAGCACGGUAUUGUAACCAACUGGGAUGACAUGGAGAAGAUCUGGCAUCACACCUUCUACAACGAGCUGAGAGUUGCCCCUGAGGAGCACCCUGUCCUGCUCACAGAGGCCCCUCUGAACCCCAAAGCCAACAGGGAGAAGAUGACUCAGAUCAUGUUUGAGACCUUCAACACCCCUGCCAUGUACGUUGCCAUCCAGGCUGUGCUGUCCCUGUAUGCCUCUGGUCGUACCACUGGUAUCGUCAUGGACUCCGGUGAUGGUGUGACCCACACAGUGCCCAUCUACGAGGGCUACGCCCUGCCCCAUGCCAUCCUGCGUCUGGAUUUGGCUGGCCGCGACCUCACAGACUACCUCAUGAAGAUCCUGACAGAGCGUGGCUAUUCCUUCACCACCACAGCCGAGAGGGAAAUCGUGCGUGACAUCAAGGAGAAGCUGUGCUAUGUUGCCCUCGACUUCGAGCAGGAGAUGGGCACUGCUGCCUCCUCUUCCUCCCUGGAGAAGAGCUAUGAGCUGCCUGACGGACAGGUCAUCACCAUUGGCAAUGAGAGGUUCCGUUGCCCAGAGGCCCUCUUCCAGCCUUCCUUCCUUGGUAUGGAAUCCUGCGGAAUCCAUGAGACCACCUACAACAGCAUCAUGAAGUGUGAUGUUGACAUCCGUAAGGACCUGUAUGCCAACACUGUGCUGUCUGGAGGUACCACCAUGUACCCUGGCAUUGCUGACAGGAUGCAGAAGGAAAUCACAGCCCUGGCCCCAUCCACCAUGAAGAUCAAGAUCAUUGCCCCACCUGAGCGUAAAUACUCUGUCUGGAUCGGAGGCUCCAUCCUGGCCUCCCUGUCCACCUUCCAGCAGAUGUGGAUCAGCAAACAGGAGUACGAUGAGUCUGGCCCCUCCAUCGUCCACCGCAAAUGCUUCUAAACAGACUGUUCCUCUCCCCCAACCAAACACCCAACAACUUCAGCUCUGUGCAAAACGACCACACCACACAUUUCUCAUACACACUUGGGCGCAGAGCCUAGAUGACCAACUCAUUGGCAUGGCUUCAGUUAUUUUUGGCGCUUGACUCAGGAUUUAAAACAACUGGAACGAUGAAGGAGAUUUUGGCUAGAUAUAAACACCCCAGAGUUCUGCAGUUGCACCUGGGGGGGGAAAUAAAAAAAAAAAAGAAAAAAAAAAUGUACAUUUUGUUUCUUUGAGUCAUUCCAAAUGUUUGUUAACUGCAUUGUUCAGACACAUGAUUCCAAAUGUUACUGCAUUGUUCAGACACGUAUUUGCCUCUGUGAAGGCUACCCAGUGGUUGGCGCAUACUUAAACAUGGUUGUAGUAUCGCUUCUAUGUAAAUUAUGUCUGGGUUUUUUGUACUUUCAGCCUUAAAAAAAAAAAUAUCUUGGUCCCGUUUUGUUUUUUUUUUUUUUUUUUUUUUUUUUUUUUUUUUUUAAUUUUUUUUCUGUUAUGCAAAAACCCAACUGUGACCUUCCCCAUGUUGAAGGCUUCAUCCCUGGGUGGUGGGGCACGGGUCUUGAAAUGAAGGGGUAACAAAGGGUGCCAGACCAGUGGGGCCAACCUGUACACUGACUAAACAAUCCCAAUAAAGUGCACAUGUGUUCCGACA